AUGCUUGAUCUUUUUAAAAAUAUUAUCAACAGGAAGACAAAGGAGCAGAAGGACCUGAAGGAGGUUAAAAACAACAACAGUCAGAACGGCGACACCACUUCUUGUCCUGACUCAGGCCCUUCCAUCUCUCCUCCUACUGAAACACAUUACGAACGGUCUCACCAUAAUCCGGACUCAAUCAAUGUGCUACUUGAAAUUCACCCAGAAUUGGCAGACUACUACACCGAACUCCAUACUCGUUAUCUUCUCUCCGAUAAAAUAGGCGAAGGGGCGUUUUCUUAUGUCUACAAAGCGUACGAUUCCAAAGAUUCCCGUUACCUAGCCAUCAAAAUCAUUGAUAAGUCUAACAUGAAGCCAGACCAGAUCAGCUCAACAUUAAAGGAGGUUGCAAUCAUGAGACAUUUGAACCACCCAAACAUUGUGAAGCUGUAUAACUAUCAGAAUUCUUCAGACUCGAAAUACUGCUUUCUAUUUUUGGAGUACGUUGCCGGUGGUGAAAUCUUCAAUCAAAUCAUUAAGUACACAUACUUUUCCGAAAACUUGACUCGCCACAUCAUAAGACAGGUUGCUUUUUCUGUGAAAUAUUUGCAUGAUAACGGCAUAGUCCAUCGCGAUAUUAAGCCUGAAAACUUACUCUUUGAGCCUUCGACGUUUGUGCCGAGGUCGAAAGAAGACCAACUAAAAGCACGGAGGAAGUCAGAUGAUGACAACAAAGUCGAUGAAGGGAAAUUCACCAUUCAAAAUGGAGCCGCAGGAAUAGGUAUUGUCAAAUUAGCUGACUUUGGUCUUUCGACAUUGUUGCAAACAUCUAACUCUUUGGCCAAGACUCCAUGUGGAACUGUGGGAUAUACUUCCCCUGAACAACACAUGAAUGUAGGAUAUGACAAGAAGGUCGAUAUGUGGGCGCUUGGGUGUGUACUGUACACAAUGGUGGUUGGUUUUCCUCCGUUCUACUCCAACACUCAAGACUCAAAUGAUAUAACCGAAAAAGUCAUGAAAGGUGACUACCAGUUUUUAAAGCCUUGGUUCGAUGAGGUUUCAGACGGUUGCACAAACUUGAUCUCGAACCUUUUAACAGUUGACCCUGCCAAACGUUAUUCAAUCGAAGAACUGCUUUCGGAUCCUUGGAUAAACAUUGGUUAUGAAAGUGAGAAAGGGGUAGAUUUGACAAGGUUGUCAUCACCGGCUGACGAUGCUCCCAAAUCAACUUAUGAUAACGAACUAUACAAGGCAUUCAGUGAAGAUUUGAUCAACAAUUCUAACGUUGAUGAUUAUUUUGCAGGCCAUAAAAUUACCUCUGAUGAAGGUCAGAUUAUGACUCCUAGAGCCGAAGCUAUAAAGCUUGUUUUUGAUACCGCUAAAGAUGUCCAGAAAACUGUGAUACCU